GCAUCCACGCAGCCCCGUGGGCCCCCGGUCGCCCGCGUCCAUGCCGCCCAGUCGACCCCCGCCGCCGGCGCUGCUACUGAGCCUCUGGCUACUGCCGAGCCUCGCACUGGCCGCUGCUGCCGCAGCGCCGGUGAAGCCGGAGUACACCGUCGUCUCCGGGCAGCCCCCGGCCGUGGGGCUGCCACGCGGGAUCCUGCAGCUGGCGGCGCGCGCUGCGCUGCACUUCCUCAACUUCCGCGCCGGCUCGCCCAGCGCGCUACGGGUGCUGGCCGCCGUGCAGGAGGGCCGCGCGUGGGUUGACCCUCAGGAGGGCUGCGAGGUGGACCUGGUGUUUAGCACAGAGCACUACAACCCCGAGCAGGAAGGAGAGGAACGUUUGGGCAAAUGUUCUGCGAGGGUGUUUUUCAAGAAUGAAAAGCCCAGACCGGCCGUUAACGUAACCUGCACACGGCUCUUUGAGAAAUCGAAGAGACAAGAAAAGGAUUAUCUGCUUUACAAGCAGAUGAAGCAACUGAAGACCCGUCUGGACGUCGUCAGCAUACCUGAUAAUCAAGGUCACAUUGACCCUUCACUGAGACCCCUGUGGGACUUGGCUUUCCUCGGCAGCUCGUACGUGAUGUGGGAGAAGACAAGCCAGUUUCUGCACUACUACCUGAUCCAGCUCAGCAGCGUGAAGCAGUUGAAAACAGAUGAUGACAGCAUUGAUUUUGACUUCACUGUUCUACUUCAUGAAUUCUCAACACAGGAAAUCAUUCCCUGCCGUAUUCAUAUGGUCUGGUACCCUGGCAAGCCCCUAAAAGUCAAUUACCAUUGUCAAGAGCUACAGAACCCAGAAGAAACCUCUGGAACUGCGGAAGCAUCAGCUAUGGAGCCAGCCGAGUUCAGUACUUUCUAAAAAGAAGAAAUGGUCUGCUUCUACUAUUCUCUAAAAAAACCCCACUCCACUAGCCCACGUCCACUCCUGUGUAAACGCGAAGGUCCAGGUAUUCUAGCACCCAGGCAAGCCUGCAGUUCGAAGUAGGUGCUCGGAGCGCUGCCUUGCUUUUCACCUGUGCGAGCUUGUGCGCGCCCACCUGACUGGGCGUGGCAGUCGCAGCUCAUCCACCACACAGCAGGUGGAUCAGCAUUGCCUUGGGGAAAGGUUUCAUCUCUAUGUUUUCAUUACUCUGGGCAUAGUGUAGUUAUUUUAUGUUGCUAAAUUGUUCUUAUUAUGUCAACUUUUUUUUUUUCAGGGAAAUACUGCUAAUCUCAGGCAAAUAUUCCCUUUUAACGUGAUGCCCACUUUCAAUAAAUGUUUCUAUUUCUAAAUAAUAAAAUGUGCUUGUAAACUUU